AUGGGGAAAAUGGCUCUUAUGCAGAAUGUCAGACCACCGGGUGCUAUUCCUAGUGAUACUGAGAAGAAUCCAAAAGAGUACAAGGCAGUCACUUUGAGGAAUGGUAGAGAGCUAGAAGAAGUACCUCCGAAAAAGAAGAACAUAGCAGAGGCAGAACUUAUCCCUGCUAAGCGAGCUAAACCAAAGUACACAUCAAAGAUACCUUUGGUGGAGCUUUUGCAAGAAGUUCCAAAAUAUGCUAAGUAUAUCAAAGAUGUGGUUUUGAACAAACAGCAUUGGACAGAGUUUGAGACUGUUGCACUUACUGAGGAGUUUAGUUCUAGAGUGAGGAGUAAAAUUCCUCCAAAGUUGAAAGAUCUGGGCAGCUUCACAACUUCGAUUACGAUUGUCAACAUUGAAUUGGCUGAUCGAUCUCUUGCUUAUCCUGAUAGUAUUAUUGAGGAUGUUCUUGUGAAGGUAGGCCCAUUUAUUCUGCCAGCUGAUUUUGUGAUACCUGAUUAUGAGGCAGAUAAAAGUGUUCCUCUCAUCAUGGGGAGAGGAUUCUUGGCCACUGUUAAUGCUGUGAUCCGAGUGAAAGAUGGGAAGAUGUCCAUGACAGUUGAUGGACAAGAGUCGACUUUUGAUGUGUUUAAAGCUACCAAGCUUCUAGCCCAUUAUGAGGAGUUGAAGAUGAUCUCCGUGGUGGAGCUCGAGCUCACUAAUGCUGAGUUAGAUCACUUUCUAGCUUCACGAGACCCGUUGGAGACAGCUUUGGUGUAUGGGGAAGAUCUGACGAUUAAUGCAGAAGUUGAACGUGUGUUACAAGUGCUAAGAGAUCGAGUUCGAGCCCUUGGGUGGUUGAUAGCUGAUAUUCGAGGUAUUAGUAGCUCGUUUUGCAUGCACAAAAUAUUAUUGGAGGAAGACAGCAAACCUAGUAUUGAGUGCCAGAGGCAAAUGAACCCGAUCAUGAAGGAGGUGGUGAAGAAAGAGAUUCUCGACAGAUUGGCUGGGCACGAUUAUUAUUGCUUUUUGGAUGGCUAUUCGGGUUUCAACCAGAUCAUGAUUGCACCUGAGAAUCAAGAGAAGACCACAUUCACAUGUCCAUAUGGCAUGUUUGCAUUCCGGAGGAUGCCUUUCGGUUUGUGCAAUGCUCCAGGUACUUUUCAACGAUGCAUGAUGGAUAUUUUCACCGAUAUGGUGGAAAAUUAUGUGGAGGUAUUUAUGGAUGACUUCUCUGUUUUUGGAGAUUCUUUUGAUGACUGCUUGAACCAUUUUGAUGCCGUGUUAGCUCGUUGUGAAGAAACGAACUUGAAAGAUGUAAGGCUUUUGUUUAAUGAAGCCUUCCUGAUGACUUUUGAUGAGUUGAAACAGAGACAGAUGAACUAUACUGUCACAGAGAAGGAGUUAUUGGCGGUUGUCUAUGCCUUUGUCAAAUUCCGAUCAUAUCUUGUGGGCACGAAGAAUAAUGCAAAGCCGAGGCUUAUUCGUUGGGUGUUGCUGUUGCAAGAGUUUGACAUCAAGAUUCUUGACCGAAAAGGCACAGAAAAUCAGGUAGCAGAUCACUUAUCGAGACUGGAAGAUCGGGAACAUGUGGAUAAGGCAGUGGCAAUUAAGGAGACUUUUCCUGAUGAAGAACUCUUUGUUGUUCAAUCAACUGAGGUGCCAUGCUGCCAGAGAACCAGAAUUAUCUCCAAGCGUCAUGAAAUGCCUUUGAAAGGCAUCUUAGAGAUUGAAUUAUUUGAUGUGUGGGGCAUCGACUCCAUGGGUCCGUUCAUACCGUCAAAGGGGAAUAAUUACAUAUUGGUUGCAGUAGACUAUGUCUCGAAGUGGGUGGAAGCCAUUGCACUUCCCACCAAUGAUGCUAGUGUGGUGGCAAGAUUUUUGAAAAAGAACAUUUUUACAAGGUUUGGGACCCCUCGAGCCCUCAUCAGUGAUCAAGGUACGCACUUUUGCAAUCAACUCUUUGAUAAGUUAUUGCUCAAGUAUGGGGUGAAACACAAGAUAGCGACUGCUUAUCAUCCUCAGACGAGUGGUCAAGUGGAGGUAUCGAAUAGAGAAAUUAAGAGGAUUUUGGAGAAGAUCGUGAGCGUGAGCAGAAAGAUUGGGCAAUCGAAGCUCGAUGAUUCUCUUGUGGGCAUGCGGAUCAACCUUACAAAACUCUAA